AAUCACACGGGGAGCUCGUUGCAGUGGGAAAAUGAAGUGAUCCACCAGCAGCCAAUUUGCUGUCUUUUUGUAUGUGAACAGUGCUCCAGCUGUAAAACACAGCCAAAUGCUCGCUUUAUUUCUCCUCCUUCCCUCAGUGUUAUGGCAUGGAGUGUGGCAUGUUGAGUGUGAUGGACAAUCUGCCAGUGGACUAUCUGCAAAUACAACCAUUCAGAACACCACAUCAGAUGGAGUCAACAAGACACAAGACAACCAACAGAGCACAUUAAGUCAAGCUGAAGAAGGACAUGCAGCCCUCCCAGGUCAAUCUGGGUUCAGUGAUUUGGCAGGGAUCCGUGUCUUCCUUCAUAAUACGGAAGUGCGGGUCAGGAUCAUUGGUGGGCAGGAGGCCUGGGCCCACUCCUGGCCAUGGCAGGUGUCCCUGCGCUUUGCCUCCAUGCCAGCCUGUGGAGGGGCCAUCAUCGCGCCUCAGUGGAUUGUCACCGCCGCUCACUGUUUCCGACGGUAUAAAAAAGCCUCUUUCUGGACUGUGCUGGCUGGAAAACAUGACCUGGAUAAGGAUCGUGAACUGGGGCAACAGGUGGUGGGAGUCACCAGGAUCAUUAGCCACCAAGGCUACAACACCAGGACGAAGGACUGCGAUGUGGCCCUGGUGAAGCUGCAGGCUCCGCUCGUGUUCAGCGAGUACAUCCGGCCAAUAGACAUCUGGGCCACGCCGCUGACUGCCUUCAGGAAAUGCACCAUCACCGGCUGGGGCUCCACCAGAGAAAAUGGUCCACGGGUUAACCGGCUCCAGGAGGUGAAUGUGACCACCCUGUCCCGUGAUGUGUGUAACCAGUACUACCGUGGGAGGAUCCUGCCCUCCAUGUUCUGUGCUGGAGAGCCAGGAGGAGGUGCAGAUGCCUGCCAGGGGGACUCGGGCGGUCCUCUGUCCUGCUUCACCGGCAGCAGGUUUGAGCUGGCAGGGCUGGUCAGCUGGGGCGUUGGCUGCGGAAGGGCCAGAAAACCAGGAGUCUACACUAAAUUACAGAACCAUGCUGUGUGGAUCUCUGAUGUCAUGAGUGAUCAGAAUGAGAUGUCUGCGGAUUCGGGCACCAGUGAAGAGGAGAGUUGUGGUGAGACGCAGAAAUCGUCCUGUCCUCUGAGUCCUCUCCCGGCUGGACUGACUGUGUCCCACCACGAUGAGGUAUCUGUGGGUAACGUGACGGAGGCGUGCCCCAACCUGUGGCCAUGGCAGGUCAGCCUGCAGUCCCGCGGCAGGCAUUACUGCAGCGGCACACUGAUCCACAGUCGCUGGGUGCUGGCUCCACAGCAUUGUGACGUCAAAGCUAAAGAGGACACGGUGGUGCUGGGAGUGCAUGACCUUAGGUUCUGGGCGUCCCAGACCAUCCCAGUGGACAAAGUGGUGAACCUGCCUCAGGACGGCAGCUUCCCCCCCGCCUCCGACCUCUCCCUGCUUCGCCUCAGUGUGCCUGCCAGAUACAGUGCCAAUGUGUUUCCAGUUUGUCUCCCUGAUGAUGACGAUGUUGAGCUUGAUGAUAGCUGGUCUUGUGUCACAACAGGCUGGGGAGCCACUGAAGCUACAGCCAAGGUCAACCCCCACACUCUGCAUCAUGCCAGGCUGGCUCUAGUCAACCAGACAGCCUGCAGACAGCGAUGGGGAGGGGGCCUGAUCAGGGACAGCCACAUCUGUUCAGAUCCAGCAGGCUGUGCCUCCUGCAUGGGGGAUUCUGGUGCUCCUCUGUUCUGCAGGAAACACGGGGUCUACUAUCUGUUUGGCCUGGUCACAUGGGGCAGCACGCGCUGUGACGCAGACAAACCAGCAGUCUUCUCCAGCAUAUCAGCUUAUCUUUCAUGGAUCACUGAAGUUACCGAUAGUUGACUGCUUUUUAUAUGAAGUAAACUAAUUGUUAAAAUGA